AUGGUGCUGCAACCUCCAAUCUGGGCCGACUUGCGCCCUGGUGUGGAUCCCCUGCUGGGUGGGCCACAGCUGCUGGCACCAGGGCCCUGCUUCUCACGGCCCAUCUCUCCAGGCAUGCCACCACGCAUUACGCCGGUUGGCCCUUUGUGGACACCGGUCUCCGGUCCGAUGCCCCCAGUGCAGCUCCCUUGGCCUGGACCAGGGUCUGGCUCUGGUGAGCCACAGCUGCAGAUCUUGCCUCCGAUGCCACGAGUUGGCAAGGAGUCAUUGGCUUUGGGCACAUUCCAUCCAUCGACGCUAUCGCCGCGAAAGUUCAAUUUGCCAGAGGAUUUGCUCUCUCGUAUUGAAGGUGUGGUCACGAACAUGGAAAAGAAUGUCGCUGAAGAGCAGAGGCUACGCAUCUCCGAGGCCGUUUGCAGCUCCUGCGGGGCAGCCCUGACCGGCGAUGCACGGUUCUGUGAUCGUUGUGGCCGGCAGCAGGUGGACCAUGCUCCAGAGGACGAUUUGGUCCAAAACCUCGCCCAGCGACUGGAAAGUUUGGAAUCCCGGCGUCAGGUCGCAGAGCAGCGCGCUACCCAGUUGGAAGAGUUGCGGCGACUGGUGGCCGAAGGACGGCACAAGCAGUACUUGACGCAUUUCAUCACCCUUGAUGAUCAUGGUUUUGACCUUCAAAAGCGCGAGAAUGGUAGCGCAGCAAGCACGCAAUCGACAGGCAGCCGUGAAGUCAAAAGCGCUGAGGACUCUCAGCUUCACGCUGCCUUGGCCCAAGUGGAAGACGCUUUCACCGAGGAGCUCAACGUCUUGGGUGUAGCAGGUGCAGAGAGUCGCCUUCACGAGCGCCUCGAAAGACUACUGAAGGCGGUGCUGCACCGGGAGUCAGUGGCAGAGGCACGCCUGAAAGAGCAGCGAGAGCUCACCCAUGCUGCCGAGAGAGAGUUGCAGGUGCUGGAGGAGACCUCCCAGAAAGUACUUGAAGAUUGUCGACUGCUGCAGGCGGGCCUUGGCUAUGGGACUUUUCUGAUCCUGCUCAUCACUGGAAUGAUUUGGUGUGCCGAUGCCGCCGAGAUUAGCUUGAUCAUGUAUGUGAUCAAGGAUGUGCAAAAGGCUCUCCGACUGUCGGAUGCAUCAGUGGUGUUGCUUGAGCAGGCGUCUUUCGCCGGGCAGUUGUUGGGCCCCAUGUUCUGGGGGCGAUUCGCAGACACUCGUGGCCGACGCCCUGCCAUUUUGCUUUGCAGUGGCUUCGUGCUUGGAUUUGGGAUCAUCACGGCUUGCGCACAAACCUUUUGGCAACUGGUGAUCGCGCGUGCUGGAGUUGGCUUUGGUAUCUCGGUUAUGUUCAUUUGCGUGGACAUAGCGUGCGAGCUUCUGCCCAAGGAGAGGGCUUUGAGCAUUGCUUUGAACUUCUUCCACCCUUUUGGGAGCAUGUUCACCAUGUUUUGCGCCUUUCUCUUCUUGGAGAACUCUGGCUGGCGGAUGCUGACGUCUUGUGCAGUGCUGCCUACCUUCUUUGCACUGGGACUGGCUUUAGCUUAUCUUCCAGAGUCACCACGCUGGCUGUUGGAGAAUGGGCGACAUUUCGAGGCCUUGCAAAGCAUUAGGCACAUUGCCGAUCUCAACGGAGUGAAAACCUCCUUCACCGGGCUUCUUCCAGAAUUGCCAGAGUCAGAGCUGAUUCCUGAUGCAAGCCCAAAGGAUGCUUGGUUUGUUUGGGGCCAACAUCGGUGGACAUUGCUGAAUCAGAUGUGCGUAUGGUUUUCUUUGGGUAUGGCUGGGGGGCCACCCUACUGGUGA